AUGCUCGAACGAGGCCUCUUGACACGGAUUCUUUAUCCAGCUCCAGAGCCAAGUUACUCCUCCGACAGUUUUCCCAACGAACUCGUAUGGAUUCCAAAAAGAAGCUCGCUGGACGGUGACAUUCCACCGGUCGGAGUUGACAGCGUGCCAUGCUUGCUGUUGACGUACCCUUACAGCAGAUACCUGGUCCUUUUCUUUCACAGCAAUGCGGAGGAUCUGGGCAAAUGCUAUUCGUUUUGUCGCUUAUUGCGAGAAAAAUUCCAGGUGCAUGUGUUGGCCGUGGAAUAUCCAGGCUAUGGUCUGUGUCCGGGUGUGGCCACUGGCAAGACAGUGAUGGAGAAUUCGUUUUCCGCCUUGCAUUUUGCAACGCAAAGCUUGCAUUGGCCUUUGGACAGCAUUUUGACUUUGACCUUUGGCCGGUCAAUUGGUACGGGGCCCGCGGUGAAGCUGGCCUCACUUUUCCGUUUUGCUGGAGUAAUCCUGGUCACCCCCUUCCUUUCUAUCGCUGACCUCUUCAAGGACAGGGUAGGCCCGUUGUCGAGUUUGUUUGAAGAUUGGUAUCCGAACAUUGACCUGGCUCCGAAAAUCAAGUGCCCGGUCUUGCUCAUUCAUGGCAAAGCAGAUAAUAUGAUUGGGUUCCACCACGCCGAGCUGCUGUACACUGCGAUCAGCACGCGCAAACUGCUUGUCUCGCCGGCAGCACUAUCGCAUAACACAAACUUAAUGAACGAUGUGAGCUAUCUGAUAUUGCCUGCAACCCACUUCUUCUCGCUUCCGGACUACGUCUUCCAUGACUUACAGGUGCCUCAAUGGGCCUUUGACGAGGAACGCGCGACAUCUCGCAGACCUCCUUGGUCCACAUUGAUUCAACGUGAAGGCAAAGCUCUCCUUCAGUUGGGCCAUCGGUUUACAGCGAGACCUUUGGGUGGCAAGAUGCCAUCGGCCUCCGUGCCAUGUUGCGGCUCAGGCCAAGCGGCAUCCGGCCUAUGGCCGUCCAUCGGCUGCUGCAGCCGUGCCAGUGUUGACCAGCAUGAAGCCGCAGAGACUGUCCAGGUUGGCUAUGACCAAGACACUUUGCACCUGCGCGAACCGAAGUGCCAGGACCCUUGUCAUGCCUGCAGCGAUCCAGUGCAGCCGAUCGCAGUCUCGCUGCCGGCUCGACACAAGGAGUUCCAAGAAGAGGAGGAAGUAGCUCCGCACAUGAAUGGUGUGCGAUGGAGGGAGAAGCUCAAUGCAAUCUCGGAGCGGCAGGGCUUCGAGAUGGAGAUUUUCUUCGACGGUGCCGGCAGCCCGGAGGGCCGCCGAAACCAAAUUCGGCUUGAGAUGCAGGAGGCGAAGGUCAGCCACCGUGGCACUUCAGACUCAUUGGUGCAGGAGUUGGUGAACGGAGUGCGUGCAAGGAGGGCUGCGCUGUCCGCAGAGUCUGAUCCUGGCUUCCGCCAGCUUGACACGAUUCCCAUAGCCAAGCUCAAGCAAGACGAAAUCGAGCUCACAAGGAAGAUCUUCGCACGAGUGGAUGCAGAACGAGAUGUCGCGUCCGACUCCAAAACGCAUGAGAUUAAGCACAACAUCGAUCCGUACUGGAGCCCGUUUCACCAAGUGCAAGAUCUGAAGCAGCAGGUCACGGCGGAGUUCGACGAGUACCAGAAAAUUGUCGGUGCUGCCGAAGCCAAGCGGACUCGGAUCCAAAUCAAGAGAAGCUUGGCCAGGAUGGCCUCGGUUCGGAAUCCCUACGCCUCCUCCUUCCGCAACUACCACAAGCGCGAGGCUCCGGAGAUGCCGCCGAAGCCCUUUCGACUGCCCGACACUUUCUGGGAGCCAACGCCACUGCAGGCGCAGCUUGCAAAGGAAAAGAUUACAUUUCGUGACCUCGACAUCAUCCAGCACUUCUUGGCAGACAACGGGUACAUCCUGCCACGACGGACGACCAUGCUGUCUCGGAAGAAGCAGAAGGAGCUCGUGGCGGCCGUCGUGACUGCGCAGCACAUGGCCUUGCUCCCGUACAGGGCAAAGCUCAAGGAUUACCAGGUUAUGCCGCUGAUGGAUCCCCUUCAGUGGAUGGCUGAUCGGCUGACAGAUCGUGUGUGCGAGGAGAGGGAUCUUCGCAGUCGCGCAAUGCUACAAGUCAUGAUGGAGAGAUACCCUGAGCUCAACUAUCGCAACUUCCUGAAGCACGAGGCCCAGCGCAAGGAGUCCGCGUAG